CCUGAAUUAAAUCAACUCUCUACAUAGUCCAGGCUGCACCAGAGUCUGAGCAGCAUAACACAUCCCUUUGAUCAUACACCUUCGGCGGGGUUCAACAUGUCAUCCUACCUCGAAAAGCAACAAGAGGCGUUCAAGAGCAAUGUCAUAUCAGCUGCUCCCAAAGUCUCCAACAAACGAACCUUCGCUGCGCCCGCUACCUCUGUGCCUUCUCCAGCGCCAUCCACGGCUUCGAACACAUCGAAACCCGAGAAUAAAGAUGCCAAACGGAAGAGAGAGCCCCAAAAUGUCGUCUACUCGCAACCUGCCGCGACAGGCUAUGGAACAGAAGCAUUCACACAGGUCACCUAUGUCAUCGAAUUCUUGAAGAAGAAAGAUGAGCCCAAGAGCUUCCGAGAUAUUUUGGAAUAUUUAAGCCAGGUACACGUAGAUGAGGCAAAGAAGAGGCUCAUCAUUUCAAUCCUCAAGAAGCACGACAGAGUCAGAUGGAUUCCAGACCCGCAGUCGAAGGCAUGGGACUCGGGCACGUUCAUGCACCGACCUAUCAUCAAUGUUCGCACAAAGGAUGACCUGAUAGCAUAUCUACAGAACAAGCCCGAUGCACAAGGAGUCUCCGUCAAAGAUCUGAAGGAUGGGUGGCCAGAUUGUGAAGAGGCGAUCAAUGAGUUGGAGGCCGAGCACAAGAUCCUAGUUACAAGGACAAAGAAGGACAAUCAUGCAAGGAUGGUAUGGAGCAACGAUCCUUCUCUUGUCCACAAGAUCGAUCCCGAAUUCCAAGUUAUGUGGCGCCAGACAGAAUUGCCAAGUGUCGAUGACCUUGUCCGAAAACUACAAGAGGCCGGCCAGAAACCCGCGAGCGAAGACCCAAGUAAGCGUGUCAAGCCUCCUCCAAAGCCGAAGGAGAAGAAGAAGAAGGCCCCGAGAAAGGGUGGACGGACCACGAAUACUCAUAUGGAACACCUCCUCAAGGAUUAUUCACACUUGAAACGUUAAGGCUCGAUCUGGACAAUAUCGAGGGUUUGUGAACAGCAGUCACAUUGCAAGGGUUUCUGAGAUGGCGUUUGAGAAAAGGACCCGGUAUGAUCAUUUAGCGAUGGCGUUUGGAUUGGCGGGUCUCAACAGCGUGAUGAACAUCACUCUUCAAUAAGAACCUGGAAUGGCGAAAGCAACAAGCUAUAAAGUGGGUUCAGGGAGUUUUGAUUGCCUGCGGCGGAGCUUUUCAAUAUAUGUAUUCUAUCCUACCUGGAAUCCAUACACACGUUACC